ACUCUGGUCAUUGUCUCCGUGUCAGGUGAGCCAGGAUGGGUGCCUACAAGUACAUCCAGGAGCUGUGGAGGAAGAAGCAGUCGGACGUGAUGCGCUUCCUGCUGCGGGUCCGCUGCUGGCAGUACCGCCAGCUCUCGGCGCUGCACCGGGCGCCCCGCCCCACGCGGCCCGACAAGGCGCGCAGGCUGGGCUACAAGGCCAAGCAAGGUUAUGUCAUCUACAGGAUUCGCGUGCGCCGUGGUGGCCGCAAGCGCCCCGUGCCUAAGGGUGCGACCUACGGCAAGCCCGUCCACCAUGGUGUUAACCAGCUCAAGUUUGCACGGAGCCUGCAGUCUGUGGCCGAGGAACGAGCGGGGCGUCACUGUGGGGCUCUGCGAGUCCUGAACUCUUACUGGGUUGGUGAAGAUUCCACAUACAAGUUUUUUGAGGUGAUCCUCAUUGAUCCAUUCCACAAAGCUAUCAGAAGAAACCCUGACACCCAAUGGAUCACCAAGCCCGUCCACAAGCACAGGGAGAUGCGUGGGCUGACUUCUGCGGGCCGCAAGAGUCGUGGCCUUGGCAAGGGCCACAAGUUCCACCACACAAUUGGUGGUUCUCGCCGUGCAGCCUGGAGAAGGCGUAACACGCUCCAGCUGCACCGCUACCGCUAAGACCAGUCACGUUUGUAAACCUCGUACCUAAUAAACCAUUUAGGACAGUCA